GCGUGACAGAGAGCGAAAGACACCGUUUUUAACAAACUGACAAAAUAUAACACCUUGAGGUCUAGAUUUUUGCCCUUUUCUCCUCUUCGCUCUGCUUCUCUCAUUACCCAGAAACAAUACAACAAAUCGAACUAGGGCUACAAAUUUUUUUGAAUUUUGAUUCAUCAAAUCCAGAAUCCUAGUGCUAAACCGUCGGAACGAUCCAUUCUUUUAAUAUGGGUCUCUGGGAUUCGCUUCUAAAUUGGCUCAGGAGCUUGUUCUUCAAACAAGAGAUGGAGCUUUCACUCGUUGGUCUUCAAAAUGCUGGAAAGACUUCUCUUGUCAAUGCCAUUGCUACUGGAGGUUACAGUGAAGAUAUGAUACCAACUGUAGGAUUCAACAUGAGGAAAAUCACAAAAGGAAAUGUUACAAUUAAGAUUUGGGAUCUUGGAGGGCAAAGAAGGUUUCGUACCAUGUGGGAGCGUUAUUGCCGUGGAGUUUCUGCCAUUGUAUAUGUGAUUGAUGCUGCAGAUCGAGAUAGUGUACCGAUAUCGAAAAGCGAAUUGCAUGAUCUAUUAACAAAACCGUCUUUAAGUGGCAUUCCUCUUCUGAUUCUAGGGAACAAGAUCGAUAAGUCUGAAGCUAUCUCUAAGCAAGUUUUGGUUGAUCAACUAGGGCUUGAAUCCGUAGCGGACAGAGAGGUUUGUUGUUACAUGAUCUCGUGUAAGGACUCUAUAAACAUCGAUGCGGUCAUUGAUUGGCUCAUUAAGCAUUCAAGAACGGCUAAAUGAACAGCAGAUGCAAUGUGCUCAUCAACAAAACUUGCGUGUUGGUUUCUUGAUGUUGUUUAUUUGUCGAGAAUCAAUCAGAUGUAAAGUCAUCAGCUUUUUUUUAUUUCUUCUUGGUCUUCUUCCAUCUUGUUAUCUUAAAAUCUUGUUUUACAAUUCUUCAAAGUUUAAAUACUUUUCGUAUUAGUACAUUAUGUUAAACAUAUAUACACGUGUUGGGGAUUUAUGAAACGUACAGAAUGCAGUUUGAACGGCUCGUGAAAA